GGAUGCAAUCACUUGAGAUGAUGAUGAUCCUUGGCAUAAAAUCUUGAUUAAACUGGUUUGUAUAAACUUUAAUCGAGCAACUCCACUGAAUCAGAGAAAAACGAUGGCAGAGCGAGCUGGCCAUUUGGGAGGAAGUGGUAGCAGGAGUGGAUAUCGCAACAAAGACACAGACAGUAGUUACAGUGAUAACAGCGAUGAGGACACACAACUCUGGAGGCAAAAAAAGCAGAAAUAUUUCAGGCAGAAGGAAACUGACACAGAGCGAGUCCAAGGUCUUCAUAAUGAUAAAAGGAAAAACAAUGUUUGGGGUUCUGUGUUGCAAGAGCAGGAUUUAACACAAACACUUAAAAGUUCAGGAGUUGACAAACCAGAAGAUACUGAUAUCAACACAAGAGAUGUUGAAAGCUAUGAUUUCACAAAGAAAUAUCAAGAUACUCGGCCUGAUUUGCCUGAUUCCGAUGAAGAGCAACCAGAGAACAUAACCGACCCAGUUGGUGUACUGCCUAGCAUGUCAGCGCCAGCAAUUAGGCAGAUAAUUGACUACAAUGAUGCUUUGGACAAUUCAGCUCAGAGAAAUAGACGUGGAAGAAAAAGGAAGGCUGAAGAACAAGGGGACAAAUUUGAAAGGAAGAUGGGUGGGGUCCAUGAUCGUCUAGGAAUGAAAAAAGUGACAACUACACGGCUAGGAGAGAUCACUCUAAGUGAAGAUAUGGAGCCUGAACAGCUUGCCAAGGGCAUUGCAGAGUUUAUUCAUGAACCAAAGAUUGAGCUGAUUGAACGAGUUAUUACAAACAUGGGAAAGGCCGUCGCUCUGAGAAUACUGCUAGCCACAAAAGAUGUGGAGGAAGGAGGCGGAAUGUACAUAAAUGAUGGUAGCAGGCGUCGGACACCUGGUGGUGUAUAUCUACAGCUCCUAAAGCAACAGCCCGAGUAUUCAAAGGACAUGCAAAAACUCAUUUUCCUCGAAGACUGGGAAGAUAAAAAACUGCUCAAAAAGGAAAAAAGAAAGAGGGCCAGACAAAGGGACAAGGAGAAAAAAUUGCAGAUCGGGAAGCAUGAAAACCUGCAGAGGUCAAGGUCGAACUCAAACUCAAAAUCCAGGUCAAGGUCAAACUCCAAAUCCCGAUCUGUUUCUCGUGAAACCAAAAAGGAACAAACUGAAGAGAUGGAAGAAGGUGAAAUUAAUUCAGAAAAAGAUUUGGAAAGAGAUAUUGAAGAAAGUGAAAGUAAAUCUGAAAAAGAUUUGGAAAGAAAUAUUAAAACUAAAUCUGAAAAAGACUGGUAUAAAAAUGGUAAAGGUAAAUCUAGAAGAAAUAGAGGAAGGAGAGACAAUACACGUCACAGGGGACAGUAUAAUGACUAUGAUCGCCAAGAAGAGAGUGAAGAUAGUGAAGAUGACAAACCUCGGAAACCACAGGCGUAUGAUUUUGAAAGGGAGUUGGAAUUGGCGAGGAAACGAAUACAAGAUAAGAAAAAGGCAGCAGAGGGUGGGGGGAAACAGGAUGGGGGAAGAGGUUCACAGGGGGCUGGAAAAGAGAAAGGGGGAGAAGAAAUGGGUGAUCUGGAAGAGGCCGAGUCGAAUGUUGUGGAUGUGCCUCUUGAUAUGUAA